AACCAACCCCCUGCCCCCCUCCACUUUCUUAUAUAUCUUCUUUUGGACUUCUCUCUCUCCAGUGCUUCAUCUUCAAGUUUAAUUCUUACACCAAUUAGCUAAUAGCUUCCCCUUUCCAUGGAGGAUUCUUCUUCAUCUGCAGUCGAGGACACCAAGACUUGCCCUCGCGGUCACUGGAGACCCUCCGAGGAUGAGAGACUCCGGCAACUCGUUCAACAAUACGGUGCCCAGAACUGGAAUUCAAUCGCCGAGAAGCUCCAAGGAAGAUCAGGGAAAAGUUGCAGAUUAAGGUGGUUUAAUCAGCUUGAUCCUAGGAUUAACAGAAGGCCAUUUACAGAAGAGGAAGAAGAGAGGCUACUGGCAGCUCAUCGCAUCCAUGGGAAUAAGUGGGCACUCAUAGCAAGGCUUUUCCCAGGUCGUACUGAUAACGCUGUGAAGAAUCACUGGCAUGUUAUAAUGGCGCGCAAGCAAAGAGAACAAUCUAAGUUAUGCGGGAAGAGAAGCUUCCAAGAAGUUUAUAACUACAAUGAUUCUAAUUACAGUAGUUCCUCCAAGAAAAUUGCAUCAAAUUCUUAUCAAGGCGUGUUAAUUAGCUCCAGAAUGAAUGGGUUAGAGAAUGCCAGAUUCUUUGAUUUUCGUAACCUUGAUCAUAAAGAUAGAAUAUUUGCGGAUUCUCCCUCCACUUCUUUGGCUUCCUGGAGUUUUGCAACCUCCUCAUCAAACGGUUCUCCUGUUGUGGAUUCAUUUAGAAGAGAAGGCAGAGAUUUCUUCAAUUCUCACUCCAAUCACUACAUAUCAGAAAUACCCAAAGGUUCCGAUAGGUUUCAUUGCAGAAUUUAUCCGAGUUCUUCAGCAAAUUACAGGAGAGUCGUUCCAUCAAGUGCUUUUGGUCUUUUUGGUUCCAAUGAUGAUGGAAAGACAAAGAGGGACCUUACCAAUUUCUGUGAUAGCACAGCAUUCACCAAGUUACGUGCUUCUACGGAUCAGCGAGCGCAAGAAGAUCACGAACCAAUUGAACACAAAGAAGUUCCUUUUAUUGAUUUUCUUGGCGUGGGUGUCUCUUCGUCAUAACAAAGCAGUAUAGUACAGUAUAUGUUAAGUUCAUGAGGAAACAUGAGACCAGCUUCGUAGUUUUGAUUACGUAACUUGAGCAUUUCAUUCUCUCUUUUUUAUAAUAUGCAUGUGGACUUAUUAAUUUAAUUGUAAGCCAUGUAGGAUGUAAGGGUUCUCGUUUUCUAGAUCCUGCGUGCAGGGCGUAGUCAGGAACCCAAACUUUUCGUUUGCAUGAAAUAUUAUAAGCAGGUCUCUUCUUGUUC